AAUAUAUGUUACGGAUUUGGUACAGUUAUGGUAUGAGGAUUUACAAGGAGAACAGUUGUUAUGCAGAUGCAAAGAACUAAACAAAUUUCUUGAAGCCAGUGACGAUGUGUUCCACGGUGACAUACUCUCACUGUUAGAAAGUGAGGCUGAUGAUAUUAUCAGAAGUUUCACCACUGUAGAUGACAGCAAAACUCUGAUGUUACAGACAAAUUUGGAAGGUCCCAAAUUCAGAAUAAAGUUUUUUCUGAAGCCAGGAAGUCACAGUGAAUUUUACGAGGAGGUGACCCGACCUCUGCUAACUGUAGUUGCUGAGAUGGAGAGACGGCAUCACCUUCUGGUCGAGGCUAUCAAGGGCAAGGACCUGGAGAUACUCGAGUAUAAGCUGGAAGGAGGACAGAUAUCACGCAAAGCGGUUGAGACUACGCCAUUUGACUUGAAUGCGUUUUCUACAAAGUGCGCAGAAGAUGUUAGCACUACUAAGUCUGUUGUCGUUUCUCAUCCUUCCCAAACAUUUACACCUUUCACGCAAGAUUUGAUGGAGAAAAUUUCAGCCGCUCCAAUAUUACCUUCAAAAACAUUAUCAUUCAGAGAAGAAAAAGUAACUGUUAAGAAGACGUCAACAAUAAAAUUAAAAUCUCCCUCCAAGAAUAAAAAACCCAAGAUGUACGACGAUGAUGAUGAAGAUGAAGACUGUGGUAUGAACAAUGAAACAAAACAGGAUCAAAAUCAGACAGAAGUAAAGCAAGAAGAUCAGACCAAACAAAGAAAAUCAAAAGAAAACCGAAGAGUAAAAAAAGUGUUAACAAAUUUGUGAUUUUUUUCAACUUUCUCAAUUCUACUGAAUUUGGUUUACAUACUGUAAUAAUUAGUGAUAUAAUAUUGCAAUAAAGUUUUUACUAUUUAUAAAUUGUUCCAAAA